AUGCCGCUUAUAUAUACCUGGGUAUCGCAGAUCUCAUCCUCUCUCCUACAAGCACCCGUGGACAUUCAGGAGUUAGAUCAAUUCCAAGAAUAUGGUAAGACUUACUUCUAUAUUCAGCUUUUGUACGAUCCCGUCGUCGUCGUCGUCGGCGCAGGCCCAGUUGGCCUAUUUACAGCACUACUCCUUGCACAGAAAGGUAUAAAGGUAAUUGUGUAUGAGACGGGAUCCGGCAUCGAUCAAUCCCCUAGGGCCGUGGUGUAUUUUCCCGCGGUGCUUGAGGAAUUCUCAAAAGCUGGAAUUCUAGAGGCUGUCAUCGCUGCGGGAGAAAAACGCUGUGAAGGAGUCGACUGGAGGGAUAGAGAUGGAAAGGUCAUCGCGGGAAUUGACCCACCUCUGGAAGAUCCUCACUACGUUGUUGUGUUGGCUCAACCAGAAUUUUGCGAGGUUAUCCUAGAUGCCCUUGUUAAGACUGGCAACGCUGAGGUCCAUUUCAACCACAGAUUGCAAACCCUUCAGCAGGGUGACGGAUUCGUUGAAUACCACGUCGAGAGCAGGGAGAGCACAUUGACAGGAAAGUGUCAGUAUCUCGUCGGAGCAGAUGGCGGUCGAAGCACUGUCAGGCGUAAUCUGGGCAUUGAGCUUGAGGGCUACACCUGGAAAGACUUGCUAUUUGUUGCCGUUAACUUCAAGUACGGGUUGAGCGAGCUCGGUUGGAAAGCCGGGAACUUCAUCGUUGACCCUGAAGAUUGGGGCGUCAUUGUCAAGCGAGGCAAGGGUAGGAGCUGGCGAAUAGCCACGGGAAUUCGGCGUGCUGGUGCAUCUACAGAUAGGAUAAAUGCGCUUGAUGAAGCCACAAUCAGCGUUAUCAAAAAAAGGUUGUGUCAUAUGCUUCCGGGGGAUACAAGUCAGAUUGAAUAUGAAGCGUUUGCCCCUUACGUCGUUCACCAGCGAUGUGCCUCUAGCUAUAUACAAGGCCAUGUCAUAUUAGCCGGGGAUGCUGCUCAUCUCAAUAAUCCGACAGGUGGGCUUGGACUGACGACUGGUCUCCUCGACGCUGCGCACCUCGGUCGGAGCUUACUUCAAAUACUGAACGAAGGAGCCAGUCCUGAGCUGCUACAAUCCUACGCUGAGACAAGACGACGUAUCUUCCGUGAAAUCACCGAUCCCAUGUCGACUGCAAAUCUACUUAGAUUACAUUCCCAGAAGCCGGAAGAUAUCAAGAAAAGAGAGGAGUUCUUCAAAAACCUUCGUGACCGGAAGGACAUGGCUACUAUUCUCAUGGCCGGUCUUCCAGAUUUUGCACUGACCUCAACGUCAGAAACCAAGUUUGAUACUUAUCAUGAGGUGACUUGGUUCAUCUCAGUCACUAAACCCGACGGAUGGCCCACGGAAAAGUUCAUUCACGAGUACAAAUCCGUUCAUGCUGGCAUGACUAGACAAGCGAAAGAGGGCGGCUCGCCGCUUAGGGCAUAUAUCCAAAUAUCCAACAGCAAGCAGACGAUGAAAGGAGGAGUACGACCGGAGUGGGAUUAUGUUACACGCCUCACAUUUCCCAACUUAUUCAUCGUCCACUCGUCAUUUCAGGAUCCUGGCUACCGAGCAACUGCGGGUGCACACAUUUUUUGCCGGCUGGGUCAGGAAGGCUGCUUGGCCAGGCAAGUGGCAAAGUUCUCAAGAAGCGAGAAAACCAGCAAUACUAGUGUCUUGAUGUUCCACAACCGAAACGAAGCGAACGACGAAUACUCCCAGGAAUGGUUUGAGAAACGAGCUGACGGCAUGACCAGCAUUGCCGAUGGGGAUGAGAACGUUGUAGAAUACGUCCUAUGGCGAGAUAUCGCCCCCAAAAAUUCGGACUAUUUUUUCCGGGAUACCCAGUUCUCUGGCGGCUCAUGGCACAACUAUAAAGCCGUUGAGGGAUUUGACUUUGUCGAUGAAGAUGCUGCUGCUGCUUUUCUAGAUUGUCACAGGGACGAGAUCACGGAGAGGAGUACAUUACAGAUCACUGUCGUUAUAGGAGAGCCGGAUCACAUUAUCCGGAGUGAUGUGUCGUGA